AAAAACCCUCUCAAUCCAUCCUCCCUCCUGUCUGUUUCCACUCUAUUAAUCACGUUAACACUGCACCAUGUCAACGCCCGUCAGCCUCACCCCCCGAUUUGAAAUCCGUCAACUCGGCCCCGAACACCAAGACUGGGCCAACGCGAUCGUCAUCCACAGCAAUGUCUUCUGCUCUCCUAUCUGGCCCAACGUGUACCCCACGGGCAAUACCAGACGCCUCUACCAGGGCUUCCUAGGCAGCGAAUACCUAAUCGCGCACCAGAUCGCCUCGGGUCUCUCCUACGGCGUCUUCGACAAAGAAUACAAGUACAAACUCCCCUCCUCCGAGCAAACCGGAGGCAAGCUCCACUGGGACUUCACCGAUGAGACCGCAACGAAGGAACAGCUCCUCGAACAGAUGGAUUUCCCACUAGUCUCGGUAGCAAUGAGCUACAACGGAUCCAAUCCGGUGGAUAUCGACCGGCUGGAGCAGCUGUUCGGGGUGCUGCCUCUGUUCCCCAAGGUGCUGCAACGGCUGACUGAGAUCGAUUCUCGGGGCGAGGUGACGACGCAUGAGGGGACGUUGAUGCGGAAUGGGACUUCGACGAGGGCCGAUUACGAGGGCCACGGGCUGAUGAAGCGGACGGCGCAUUGGCUGAUGCGCGAUGCGGCAAGUAAGGGGUUUCGGGGCAUUGAGAUUCCAUGCUUCCAUGAUGCGGUGAUUGGGGUUUGGUCGAAUCCACCUGCGCCCUUUCGUGGCGAGAUUGUUGCCCAGCUGAAUAUCAAGGACCAGGAGGAGGUGGAUGAGGAUGGGAAGGUCACUAAGCCGUAUUCUCAUGUUGAUCAGCGGAUUGCUAAGAUUUACGUGACGCUUGUUUGAGGGUGCGUUGAUCUGGGGUGGAGAGAGCUGGAUCUUGGGACUAAGGGGUUGUAGUGUGUUCCUGGGUUAUUGAUUCCUAAGCGUUUGUUUGAAUAGCGAGCAAGAAUUCGAGCAAUUGAUAGUACAUGGCGAUU